AUGAUGCAGCAGGUUAUUGGGUCAAAUGAAAAAAUGAGUGAAAGGGUAGAUGCACAUGAGUCAUCUAUAAAGAAUAUUGAAGUGCAGACGGGCCAGAUAUCGAUGUCUUUGAAUAAUUGUCCUCAUGGGACAUUGCCUGUAGACACUCAGAUAAAUCCAAAAGAUCAAGGCCCGAAGCAGCUGAUGGUAGUGAGUCUACGUAAUGGCAGAAACUUAGACUUGGAGAAAGACAGGGCUCGAGAAAGCAGACAAACUGAGACACUUGUGACAGUACAGCCUACCCAUGAAGAACCCAACACACAGAUUGAGGUUGAGAAAGAAGCUGAGGCAGCCCGGGAACCGACCUGCAGUGCUGUGGUGACUAGACCAGUUGCUGAGAAGCUAUCUGACAUAGGGAGUUUCACAAUUUCCUGCACCAUUGGUAACUUUGAUUUUGCCAAGGCACUUUGUGAUUUAGGGGCUAGCAUAAAUCUUAUGCCCUUGGAGAUGUAUAAAAGGUUGGGGAUUGGAAGAGCUAUACCCACUUCUAUGUUAUUGCAGCUGGCUGACAGAAUUGUAAAAAGACCCUCUGUGGAUGUAAUCGUAGAAGCAGAUGAUGAGACGUUGACUAUUGAGGACCCUCUUGCUGUAUGUCUGGUAAAUUUAGAUGAGGUGAAUGAGGAAGAAUUUGCAGAAUGGGCACAACAACUUUUGCAGAUACUCAAGGAGUGCAAGACUGCCAUUGAGUGGACCAUGGCAGACAUUAAGGGGAUCAGCCCGAAAGAGGUGAUUAAGUGGUUGGAUGCGGGAAUCAUUUUCCCCAUCUCUAACAGCAACUGGGUUAGCCCGGUGCAAUGUAUUCCUAAGAAGGGUGGUCUGACGGUGAUAAAAAAUGAUAACAAUGAGCUGAUCUCUACAAGAACCGUCACAGGCUGGAGAAUUUGCAUGGACUACAGAAAAUUGAAUCUGGCCACCCGGAAAGACCACUUCCCACUUUCCUUCAUUGAUCAGAUGCUUGACAGACUGGCAGGGAGGUCCCACUUCUGUUUUCUGGAUGGGUACUCAGGGUACAACCAAAUCUCCGUUGCACUAGAGGACAGAGAGAAGACCUCCUUCACAUGGCCAUAUGGUAUUUAUGCUUUUCGGAGGAUGCCGUUUGGCCUAUGCAAUGCACCCGCCAUAUUCCAAAGGUGCAUGACGGCCAUAUUCAUUGACAUGGUUGAAGACAUAAUGGAGGUGUUCAUGCAUGAUUUCUCAGUUGUGGGAAACUUAUUCGACGAGUGCCUUAUAAAUCUGACCCGAGUGUUGAAAACAUGUAUUGAGACUAACCUAGUACUUAAUUGGGAGAAGUGCCAUUUCAUGGUACAAGAGGGCAUAGUCAUGGGACAUCGGGUAUUAAGCAAGGGAAUCGAGGUGGAUCGUGUUAAAGUUGACGUGAUAGCAAAGCUGCCACCCCCCACUUCAGUCAAGGCAAUCAGGAGCUUCCUUGGGGAUGCUGGUUUCUACCGGAGAUUUAUAAAAGAUUUCUCA